AUGUUUUUCUUCCAGGAUUGGUUGUCUUUGGAGUUUCCUCGUGCCAGAAUACUCGCAAUAGACGCUUCUCUUAACCCUUUUGUUUGGGACCCGAUUUGUCCGGUGGAUAAAUUGGAACGCACCAUGGAUACGCGAGCAAAGAAAUUAUUGCCGCAACUCAGUGCCGCUGGCGUCGGACGUCGCCCUAUUAUUUGGGUCACGCACUCAGCCGGAGGUAUACUGGUCAAGGAACUUCUCCGUUUUUCACGAAAGCCUUUUUCAGAUGUCACAGAGCACACUGUCAUCAACGCCUUCAGUGACUCCGUCCAGUCGGAUUCUCCGCAGUCCACUUUGGAUUUCAGAUUACCAGAGGUUUUUGAACCGAAACCAGAUGUACUUGGAACUCAGUCACUCAGUCCGCAAACAAAUUGGUUCUGUGAUUCUUCCGAUGAGUCUGUUCUUCCUGCGAAUCAGCCUGGCCACUUUGAUAUUAGAGAUCCAUUAGACCCUAUUUCUGGACACGCUUGCGCAUCAGAAUGCUUUACUCCUCGUACUUCAGAACUGGAGGCAUUUAAAGAUUUUCCGGAGGGAGAUUCGGAUUUGACGAAUUCAACCAAAGGUAUCAUAUUCCUCAGCGCUCCUCAUCGUGGAAACCGCUCCUUACUGGCACUCUACCGUCGACCAUUCCGUUGGACACUGACUCCAGAGGCAAUUCAGCUAGAAAGAAAUUCGCAGUUUCUACUCGAUUUGCAUGCGUGGUUCAACACUUGGGCUGUUCGGGCCCGUGUAAAGGUCCUUACAAUGGUGGAAACAAAGGAGACUCCCGUCAAUCGCUUCUGGUCCGUACUACUGGUUCCUGAAGACACUCUAGAUCGCGAAAUGGGUGAAGUCGUUCGGAUUGACUCGGAUCACACGUACAUCAGCAAGCCGAAAAGCCCUACAGACCUCAUGUACCAACACUUGGUGAAGUUCAUUCGCAAUGUGUGCUAAACGCCCGUGCCCAAAAUCAUGUAACUGGGCGUCGCUGUGGUGCACUCUCGUCAACCGAAUUUGCCACGUCUUGUGAUUUACUAUUGGGUCUUGCUUCCCACAACACUCACACGCAAGAUUCAAAAUUUUUGUACGUCUGUGUACAUAUACGCAAGGAAACCCUGUACGGUGCAUUUUUGUGUGGCCCCGUUCCUCUUUAUUUUCCUUCCUAUCGAUUUUUCUACUUCAGCUUUAUUCGAACAACUUUUCUGUUAUGAUUCCGUUCGUGCCAUCUUUGGAACUACCUCCGCUUUCAACCGAAUUGGUUUGACAUUUCUUUACCUUACAAAAUCUAGCUUUUCACAGCCUUUUUGUCCGAAGAAAAUCACUUUGUGGGUAGCCGAAUACCGUUUGAAAAGUGUGCGCCCUCUCGUCUCCUUAUUAGUGCACACCCACCAUGCAAAAGUCCAUCGAAGUACCGCGCCUUCCAGCUCCCACACAUUGUGAACUGAUGGGGACUCAGCGGAAACCUAAUCACAGUUUGGUGUUAAAUGAAAAUUUCAACAUCACGGUCUGUGAACUUGGUGGUCGGCUUGAUGUGACACCCGAGUCCUCUUUUAAUCCCUAACUAUUGGACCACACGCGGUUCAUCGGUGGGCCCAGCCGGAAGGCAAUUCGUGCUCAUUGUUGGUAAAUAA